AUGGCUGCCGCAUCAUCGAUCGGACGGCUGUCAGACGAUCUUCUCUCCGUUAUCCUCCAUUUCGUCGGUCCAUCCGACGGUCAGUUCCAGCACGCGCUUGUGUGCAAGAAAUGGCAUCGCAUCGCCCGUAGCGUGCACGAGCACAUCCAUCUUCGCAAAGAGCGUCGCAUGCGUCCAUGCGAGUUGCUCGCGCACCUCUCUCUUGGGCAGCUGACUUCUCUAACGGACCUUAUUCUUGCCGGCCUAACACUCCACCAUCUGCCUCACGACGUCGCUCUCCUUCCACGCCUACGCACGCUCAAGCUAGACGUUGGAAUUGCCGCGCAGCUGCAUCCCUCCGUAUACCUCGCCACCACAGUCAAAGAGCUCACGAUUGCUAAUUCUGAAACUCUACAUUCUCUGCCCGAGGAAUUCGGUCAGCUUACUGCCCUCGAGGUCCUGCGCUUGGUUGAGCUUCCGCGGCUCAGCAGCCUGCCCGCGUCGAUUGGCAACCUGACGAGCCUCAAGGAGCUGAUAAUCGCCACAUGCAGCCUGCUGACGCAGCUUCCAGACUCGCUGACUCUGCUUUCUUCCCUGGAGCUGCUGGAAAUCAAUUAUUGCUGCAAGCUGACGGUGCUACCGCAGGGCAUGGGGGAUGGCCUGCAUAGCCUGCGCAGGCUGAUUCUGCUCGCAUGCAAGGCUCUCACCCACCUCCCUCCAUCCUUCUCCAGCCUCUCCGCCCUCGAAACCCUAAACAUCUGUCAUGCACCCAGCUUACGAGGCGCGCUACCAGGCGGGUUCUCCCACUUGACAAGCCUCAAGGACCUCUCUCUCUCCUCCCUGCCGCACCUGCCCGCCCUGCCCGCCUCCCUCCCUGCCAUCGGCCGCACUCUCACCAGCCUCGUGGUCAUCAGUUGCACGCGAAUCAAGGCUCUGCCAGAGGAAAUUGGACGGCUGGGAUCGCUUGAAACACUCCAGCUCUUCCAACUGCACAAUCUGAAGUCGCUCCCUCGCUCACUGUGGCAGCUGGAGCGGUUGAAGUCUCUGGAACUGAGUUACUGCAGCACGCUGGAGUUGCUGCUUGGGGAUGGAGACUCGGGGAAUGCACACGCGGGAGCUGCCGGGCACGAGGCUGGGGGAAGAAUUACCGGUCACACCAGUAGCAGCAGUGCCGCUGGCAGCUGUGGGGGAUCCGAGGAGUGUGACAAGCGACUGCUGCUUCCAUCCCUUGAGCACCUCAAGAUUGAGAAGCUUCCAGUGCAGCUGCUGGGUCCAUCGCUGGGCUCCCUCCUGUCACUAACCAAGCUGGAAAUCCGGCACGUGGGCCGGCUCCGCUCGCUGCCAGAUUCCAUCUCUCGCCUCUCUCGCUUGCAAUCACUAGAGAUCAAUUAUGCUGAAAACCUGCUUGCUCUGCCAGAGACAAUAGGGCAGCUCUCAGCUCUCACAUCCCUCCAACUUAGCCAUCUCCUGAGCUUGACUGCUCUUCCAGAGUCGAUAGGGCAGCUCUCAGCACUCACAUCCCUCCACCUUGACGGUCUCAUGCGUUUGACUGCUCUGCCUGAGUCAUUCGGGCAGCUGAAAAAGCUUCAGUCGUUUGAGAUUCGAAACAGCCUGGGCCUAACCAGGCUUCCCGCGUCCUUACCUGAUCUCUGCAGACUGGAGUCGUGUCGUUUGUCCGAUGUCGGGAUUUCGUGCCUUUCAGAUGACUUCUGGAAGCUCUCUGCUUUGAAAGAAUUCUCCCUGGUGUCACUGCCUAAACUCCGCAACCUGCCCGAAUCUUUUUCGCAGCUGCCCGGACUGGAGGAAUUGAGCCUGGUACGGUGCAUGCUGCUGGCCCGGUUACCCUCGGGCCUGCAGCAGAUGGGGAAGCUGCUGGCCUGCGUUGUCAGUAACUGCCCGCUGCUGUCGGAAGGGAUGGUGGUGAUAAAGGGUAGAGUGAACCUGGACGAGGGAGAGCGUGCAGUGGGUGGCGCGGAGGACGAGGAUGAGGAGGAGGAAGAGGGUGGGGAGGAGGAGGAGCAAGAGAAUGAGGAGGAAGAUGACGGGGAGGAGGAGGAAGAGGCGGAGGGGGAGGAAGAGGGAUGA